CGGGCGCGGCGCCCCGCUCGCUAGUCCCCGGCACCAGACCCUGUCCCCAUCUGGGCCGAACCCCACCACCUGCAAGUGUCCCCAGGGCUCACCGAGUCUCAAAAGGAGGCCAGAGGAAGGCAGGUGUUGACCCCAGCCCCCGCGCGCCCUGGCGAGUGCCCAUCUGCAGUGGGGGGCGCGACUUCAGGGAAGCAGAUAGCUGCUUCCAAAUCUACUAUAGAGACAAAGAUAGAGCUUCUAACCCAUGUGCUUUUUGUGUAGUGUCUGAAGCUGAUUCACCCUGCAACAUCAAAAUGACCCUCAACUCCUCCACAGAAGACGGCAUCAGAAGAAUUCAGGACGACUGCCCCCAAGCUGGGAGACACAACUACAUAUUCGUCAUGAUCCCCACUCUGUACAGCAUCAUCUUCGUGGUGGGGAUAUUCGGGAACAGCUUGGUGGUCAUCGUCAUUUACUUCUACAUGAAGCUGAAGACCGUGGCCAGUGUCUUUCUCCUGAACUUAGCGCUGGCUGACAUCUGCUUCCUGCUGACCUUGCCGCUGUGGGCCGUCUACACGGCCAUGGAGUACCGCUGGCCCUUCGGCCACCACCUGUGCAAGAUCGCCUCGGCCAGCGUCAGCUUCAACCUCUACGCCAGCGUGUUUCUGCUCACGUGCCUCAGCAUCGACCGCUACCUGGCCAUCGUCCACCCCAUGAAGGCCCGCCUGCGCCGCACGGUGCUCGUGGCCAAGGUCACCUGCAUCGUCAUCUGGCUGCUGGCCGGCCUGGCCAGCCUGCCAGCUGUCAUCCACCGCAACGUGUUCUUCAUCGAGAACACCAACACCACGGUGUGCGCCUUCCACUACGAGUCCCAGAACUCCACACUCCCCAUAGGCCUGGGCCUCACCAAAAACGUCCUGGGAUUCCUGCUUCCCUUCCUCAUCAUCCUCACCAGCUACACCCUGAUCUGGAAAGCGCUGAAGUCGGCCUACGACAUCCAGAGGAACAAGCCGAGGAAUGAUGACAUCUUCCGCAUAAUCAUGGCCAUCGUGCUCUUCUUCUUCUUCUCCUGGGUUCCCCACCAGAUAUUCACCUUCCUGGACGUGCUCAUCCAGCUGGGCCUCAUCCGCGACUGCAGGACGGCGGACAUCGUGGACACGGCCAUGCCCAUCACCAUCUGCAUGGCCUACUUCAACAACUGCCUCAACCCGCUCUUCUACGGCUUCCUGGGGAAGAAGUUUAAAAAGUACUUUCUCCAGCUCCUGAAAUACAUCCCCCCGAAGGCCAAGUCGCACUCCAGCCUGUCCACGAAAAUGAGCACGCUGUCCUACCACCCUCCCGAGAACGCCAGCGCCUCCGCCAAGAAGACCGCGCCGUGUCUCCACGUGGAGUGACGUGCUGGGGACCAUCACCGUGGAGAGGUCAUCCUGGGAAAGCAGGAACCAGAGGAGCCUCCUUCCAGGGCUUUCCAGGGGCCCCUGGAGCAGGAGCCGGUUUUCUGGGACGUAAGCGGGACGUGGAAUGGGUGAACUGCAGCUCCUUAUCGUAGCGCUGAGCACGGCUGUCCUUCCUCCCCUCGUGACGGCUGUCUAGCCGAGGGCGUCGGGAACCGCACGAUGUGUAAAUCACGGGGGGAAAUCAUUACUUGCAGAAAUUCAGUCUUCUUCAUCUCUUCUUGUCCUGUUACUUUGAAUCCCCACAUAAAUGUACUGAAUAUGUCCAGUGUUUAGACAAGCAAUGGGAGAUGGGAGGUCAAGGUCAUUCUGCCCAGUUUUGACAGGACGGGAAAGCUUUUAUGUGUGUGUCGGUAUUUGCUUCUCUGUCCCACUUGCACCUGUCAAUACACAGUGUUUACGUGAUUGGCUGGGCAGUAGUUACCAACUCUCAUAAUCUUUUGUAAAAUUCAACCAGUGUCUUAAAAAAAAAAUCACACAGCCAAAAACAAAUGCCAGCAAAAUGGCUUAUUCGUAUGCUGGUGUUUCCAAGGGCACACAUGAAAGUCGGACUGUUUGUAAAGCCAAUAUUAUCUGGCCCAGGUGGUUGUGUGUUCGUAUCAUACCAAUUUUACUUCACAUCUAAGAAAUGUAUAUAGUUUGUGGUGAACAGAUUAUUACAAAGUAUGUCUUACUGUUGCAAAAAGGCAUGUAUUCAUCAUAUAUAUAUAGCUAUGUCUCUAAAGUGUUUGAUUAAGAUCUAUAAAAGGUAUUUAUCUUGAAAUAAAAAGUAUUAUAAUGUACUUAAUAUUCACUACUUACAAUGUAUGCUGAUUUAUUUUUUAACUCGUGCAUAUUUUUAUUUAAAGUCUGAUCUGAUUUAAUGUGAGCAGUUAUACACUAUGUUUCUCUCUGUUGAAAAACUAAAGAGGAAAGUGUUUCAUCCUGCCAAACAAUAAGGAAUGAACACAUCAUCAUGAAUUUUUCAUAGAUUUUCAUGUAGCAGCCAAAAAGCCUCUUUCUUCAUAACAAUAAAAUGACACAUGAUUUUACCGAGA